CAUCAAAGGAGAAUACCUCUUCGAAAUUUCUCAAAGAAUAGUUGAUUUAUCAUCGAAAAAGAUAUCUCGGCCCGAUAGAGAGCCGUUCUUGACCGUGAUAACGAGCGAGAAACGACCGAGAACUGUGAGAAAUGGCUCGUGACACGAGCGGCUAGAAGGUCUCGGGAAGUCCCGAAAGCGGCGAGGCCGAUUGGCCGACAAAGAACCCCGUUUCGCGCCACGCCACAGCGCAGCUACGCUGUUGCUAGUGCCUGUCUCGAUCGACCACUCGACAAACGAACAACCACUUGAUUCCACGGUGCCACCAUUAUUUAUCCCUUUUUUUUUUUUUUUAAAAUCAAUACAACGCGCGAAUAAAAAUUUUGUUGUAACGUAUGAGACACGUGGUCGAACGAAUAAUUUUUAAUUGGAAGAACAGUGAUAGUUAUUGUAUUGAUUUCUUUUCUAAGUGGAAACAGCAAUUGUCCAAAUUGUAGAGAAGAUAGAGGGCGACUCAAGAAACACUAUUGGCGGUAUUAGGCAUUAAUUUUUUUUGUGAUGUUGAAUAAAAGGAGAAAAACGAAAAAGUGAAGAAAUUGUUAUUACUUUUUUUUUUCUGAAAAAAAAAAAGAAAACAGUAUUAAAUGGUAUUAUAUGAAUAAGAAUGUGCAACGUGAAGAUCAUUUUUGACAAAGUAGAAGAUCAAGAAUUCUAAGAAAUUUCCGAAGAAAUCCUGAAAAUCUACUUUCUCCAAGAAUCGAAACCCCUUUAUCGCGAUCGAUCGAGAUCUAUCAAGAGCAUCUACGAUCAAGAAAAAAGGAGAAAUUACUUUCCCCAAGAUUAUUGUUCCAUCGAAAUUUUUUUUUUUUUUUCUACCAAGAAUAUAAACGCACCGUAUCAAAAAAAAUACUUCUCCACCAAUUCCUUCGAAACAUCUUCGAAGAUAUCGAAAUAUCUUCUACCGCCGUUUCCAAAGAACUCACGACUUCUGAUCUGAAUCCGGUUAAAAAGGAAAAAACAAAAAUCUCACCUCGUCGAAUCGCAGGAUCAAACUGUUAAACCUGACGAGCCUCCUGGUGAACAUCGACGAGAACAACGAAGCCAGAUUAAUCAUCUGGCCAAUUUAUCCGCGCGAAAAAUCAAUUUUUUCGUAGGAAGGAAGCCGGUGAAAACGGUGAAACCACUCCGCGAUUAACGAGACGUCUCUGGCUCGACAAAGGAGUCGAACAACAACUCCUCGUCGAGAAAUCGAUCUCGACGAGUUGCAUAAGACCGGAGUUCCUAGCCAGUUUCGUUUUACAGCAAACACCUCUACGAUUACACGCACCUCUCGUAGAUCAUAGAGGGGGAAAAAAAAAAAAAAAAAAAAAAAAAAGAAAGAAAGAAAGAAAAAGAAAAAAAAAAAAGGAUCGAUCGAAAACAAGAGGAUCGUUUGAAAAAGACGAUGGGCGUGAAGGAAGGAACGACGAGAAGGAUCGCUGGUGACGGUUUAUCGGUCGAUCUCCAAUCGAACGAGCAGAUCCUCGAGAUCAAGGGUGACGGAUGCGACAUCACGAUGUCGAAGAAUCGUGGCAGCGUGAAAGUUAUCGGGGAUGGUUGCCGGUUGAGGAUCGUUCAGAACAUGGGCGACGUGGAGUACACGGGGGACGGUGGCCAGGUCCUUUUGGGGCCGAAAUCUAGCAGGGACAAGAAGGUGAAGUACGUCGGGGAUGGUGGUAGGAUAAGAUUCGACGUGGAGUUGACGAUGAGGAACCGGAAGUCUCGGAAGGAGGAGGGAGGGGGGAAGGAGACGGUGGACGAGGAAAAGAAGAAGAAUGGCGCGAAGAGUCGGGAAGAGACGGAAAACGAUUUGAAUGGGAGAAAAGAGACGAAACAAAGUGGCAAGGAGGAGAAGAAGAGGGAAAAAUUGACAAGGAUCGUUACCACUUUCGAGUACGACGAGAAAAUUGUGAAGAAGUGGUUCGUGAAUCCUGAUAAGGUGGCCAGGAAUUUGGGAGGUUCUUUCGUGAGAAUUGUGCCGAAAGAGACAAAGAAAACGAAGAUUUAGGUAGGAGAUAAAAUAGAAAAU